AUGAGCCACUCGUCGCCGGCUCCGCACCGGCCCCGGCGCGACCACGACGCGACACCGCCGCCAGUGCUGCUACCGCCCGUCUCGCUGCUCCAUUGCCUCGUCUUCUGCGUCUGCCUUGCACCGCAGCUGCUCCUGCAGGCGGGGAUACGCGCAACCUUUGCGUCCAUUCUGCAGGCGCUGCCGUUUCUUGUGCUCCAAAUGCCGCUCGACGUUGCGCACCGGCAGCUUGCAGGCUGGCGGCGCGGCCGGGCCGAGCAGCAACAGCAGCAGCAGCGGCCCUCCCUAUUCGAAGAAGUCGUGCUCUGCUGCGUGCGCUGGGCUUUUAUUCAUACGGAUCCCCAUGUUGGCCGCGUCUUCUUCUCGCGGUCGGUGGCGCUGCCAUUUCACCGCUUUCGGCAGCUGCAGGCGCUUGGAGCCGGUCGGCUCGUACGGGCCGCUCUUUCUCACGCGCUGUCCUUUACCACAUUUCUUCUGCCGCCCUUUGCGGCUUCACUCAUGCCAUGGCCACGGCCUCGGCCGGUGUCCAUACUCCGCUGGCGAGAGCAUCACGAUGAACACUUCAGGGGCAUGUGGAUAACAUAUGAUGCAAGCCGCCCGCCCGACAUUGUUCUAUUCUUUGUCCACGGAGGCGGCUUCGUUCUCGGGUCGUCGCACUUUUACUUGGAAUUUCUGCUCGCAUGGGCGGCUCUACUGAUGGAAGGCAGUCCUGGGGACGAGAAGCCCGCUGGCUUCCGGAACCCGGCCAUCUUUAGUUUAGACUACACGUUGGCCCCGGACGCUGUUUUCCCAACCCAGAUCGACGAGGCUGCCCACGCUUACGCCCAUGUCCUGUCUACGGCGGCCCAGGGAGAUCCUGCGCGCAUUGUGGUUGCGGGGGAUUCUGCUGGCGGCACGAUUGUGCUUAGCCUGCUGCUCCGGCUAUCCCAGACCCCCCCUUUAGAACGGCCUCCACCCCCGCCCCUUCCCCUGCCGCUGCCGGGUAUGGCUGUCCUCAUAUCGCCGUGGGUGACUCUGCGGUCGCAGCGAUACCGCCGGUCGGCGAAUGACUACAUCGACGCCGAGACGCUUGCGAGUUACGCAGCCCUGUACGAGGGCAAGACGGCUGGCGCGCCAGGGAUUUCAGGCGAAGACCCCGUCCUCUCGCCGGGCCAUUGUCGCGACAGCAAAUGGUGGCGUCGAGCCUGUCCAGCCAAGGGCAUCUUUGCAACAUACGGCGCGGAGGAGGUGUUCGCGCCCGAGAUCCGCGCAUGGGUCGACCGUCUGCAGGCCGACGGCGUGGAUGUGCAGACGAGCGUGGACGAUGGCGGUCUUGGCGUGCACGCAUGGCCCGUUGCGUCGCUGUUUCUCGCGCGGUCGAAUGCCCGGCGUUUCGAAGGGCUUCGUCGCGUCGUCGGCGAAGUAAAACGAAGGAUGCGUUAG